GUCGGGGUUACAUGCUGCUCUCCACGCACUCCGUGCUGCAGCAGCGAUAAAUGUGGUCCUUGAACGACUCAUAGCCAGGGCACAUUCGUAUGGCCCUUAGGGUAAAGGGGUUUUGGCGUGACCUCAACACGUAAAUUCCAACGUGCUGCCUUUAUGGUUGCGCAAUCCUAACAGUCUGUGGUUAAACGUCACAGCAGUAAAGAGGCGGAGGGGAGGAGGAUGAUAAUGCAGCGCAUCUUGACUCAUGGCACACUGCGGCGGGUGGCAGCAGCACGUCAGUUACUGGUGGGUGUCUCGAUCUCUGAGCCACCAGUAGCAUUUUGUUGCUGUACCCUCCGCCUGUCACCGCCAGCACCCACAGGCCGGCUCUGGCUUUCAACCUCAGCGUCCAUAAAGGCAGCACAUCAGCCAAAACACCAGCCGCCACAAGAUGAGCCACAGUCCAGCUCCACACCUCAAACACAGGAGGUCAAGAAAGGGGAAGCUAGGCCUGAUAUUGGAGAGGUGGACCCCCUGCAGGACAAGUCCAUCGGUCUGGUCCAGAGGUUUAAGAGGACGUUCAAACAGUAUGGGAAGGUUUUGAUCCCUGUACAUCUCGUGACAUCCUCUUUGUGGUUUGGAACCUUCUAUUACGCUGCUAUGAAAGGUGUGAAUGUAGUGCCCUUCCUGGAGAUGAUUGGUCUACCAGAGUCACUAGUUGGCCUUUUGAGAGAUUCCUCGAGUGGCUACGCUCUGACUGCAUACGCCAUGUACAAGAUUGCAACCCCUGCUAGAUAUACGGUGACUCUGGGUGGCACGUCACUAUCUGUUCAGUACCUCCGCAAGCACGGCUACUUAUCCACACCACCGCCGGUUACAGAAUACAUCCAGGACAAAAUGGAGGAGACAAAGGAGAAACUGACAGAAAAGAUGGAGGAGACGAAAGAGAGAUUUUCAGAGAAAAUGGAGGAAACAAAAGAACGUAUCUCUGGGAAAAUGGAGGAGACUAAGGACAAGCUUUCUGAGAAACUGCAGGAAACCAAAGAAAGAGUCUCAGAGGGAAAAGCAUUUUUUAGAAAGAAAAAUGAAUAACCAAUCCUGUUUACAGAUGCUGUCUCUGAAUCUAUGAUCCUAUUUUGAUCUCAACAAGUAAUCAGUGAGUUUGGGGCAAGUAAUAGACGGCACUUAUGAGACUCUUCAGACAGAAGAGAGAGACUUUGUACUAUCCUUGUCCUAAAAUUUCACCUUGCACAUCUCAGUUAUCAGCUGUUGUCUAUUUAAGUGUCAAAUUCAGUCCCUAAUUGUCCAAACUCUGCCACGAUGCACUGUAAGUGUAGACUAGACAGCAGCUUAGCAGACUCCUGGCAACGCUACAUUCUGGCUCAGUCAUCUCAGACUGGAUUUACAAAGGCUCAAGUGAUCUUGACUGUAAAAAAAGAAGAAACUGUCUUCUUAUUUCUCUUCACAUUAAUACACAAAAAUAAGUAAGGUUUUGUAAGGGUUAAAAACAAUCUGUCAGAUGGACACACAGCAUCUAUUACAGACUGUAUGGGAGAGAGCAGAGCUGAUCCCUCUGGUCGUUAAAAUAAAACUUGAAGCUCAUGGUUA